GAAAAACCCUGUAAACCCUGGCAAUGGCAGUGACGGCAAAUUCAGAACACCCCAAAAUCCAUAGGUUCCCACAAUACAAAUACGUCGAUGCCGUUCGAUGGCUUCCACUGGUAUCCGCAUUCGAUCGAUUCGCGGUUCUCGCUUUAUUCGACUUCGAUUCGGAUGCUUCUUCCAUUGAAAUCCACUCUUUCAAACCAAACCCAAUUUCCUUAGAACCCCAAUCUUCGUGGGUUUCGCCUUUACGCGUUUCCUCUCUCAAGGCCUCGCAGUUCCUUCAGAAAACCAUCAUCGUUGCCUCAACUCACUCGGGCUCCCUCCACUUCCUCUUCUCCGAUUCCGCAAAUGCGUCGCUUGAAUCGGAGGUUUCGGUGCCCGAGGGUGCGUUGCACUCUGUGUCCGCGUCUUGCGUUGAUCUAAUGGAUGGUGGAAUGGAGUGUGUGACAGUUGGCGAAGAUGGGAAGGUGAACUUGGUCAGUGUUGGGAAUUCCAACUUGAAUUAUCGUCGGGUUUUUGAUAGCAGUGGGUUGGUGUCGUACACUGCGGCGAAGUGGGCGUCGCCGAUGGAAUUUGCCACUGGCGGAUAUGGAUUCAGUCUUCAAUGGUGGGACCAGAGAAAACCGGGAGGACCAGUUUCUCAGUUUAAGGGUAAUUGGGAUCAAAAAUUGAGUGCUGGGAUUGUGCACUCUAUUGACAUUCAUCCAUCAAGAAAGCACACUUGCCUGGCCGGAGGCUCCUUAGGUACUGUUUUUGCCUGGGAUCUUAGGUGGCAACAACAACCGAUUAUACUCUCAGGAGCGGGAGCAGGGGCUGGGGCUGGCAACCCUGUAGUCCAAUCAAUAUGUAAAAGUGAGGUUUGGGAGGUUCAGUAUGAUCGUUGCAUAAAAUCAAACACCUCAUCUACCCGAAUCUUGCCUUCCAUGGUCUGCUCGGAGGAUGGAAUUCUCGCUGUGAUUGAACAAGGUGAGGAAUCUAUUGAGCUGCUGGCAGAACCUUGUGCCAUCAAUAGCUUUGAUAUUGAUCGACAUAAUCCGUUGGAUGUGAUAUGUAGUUUGGAGUGGGAAGCAGUAGCCAUAUUGACAAGAUAAUAACAUUCAAGAGUUCUACUCUCUGGUGGCUUAAAGUUCAGAAAGGGAUGCAUUUUGUAGCUGAUGGAAGAAGUGAAGCUUUUUACGUACUAUUAAUGCUUAUGUAUGCCGCAAUGUUCUAUUCCUUUUGUAAAGCCAUUUCUAUGCAAAUGGAUUUUGGGAUUGUACAAUAUGCAGCAUUAGCAGCAUGUGUGAAAGAGACUUCAAGGGGCACAUUGGUUCAAUGCUAUACCUCUUUUAUCUAUCAAGUACUUCACUCCUAUGCCGAUUUAACCUGAUUACGUAAAGCAACGUAGUUGAUAUUGCAGUGGUAUCGAUAGUCCCAUCUGUUGUA